AUGACGAGGGAGCGGGCCUACUUUGAGGCCUCCGCGCUGCGGGAGCACGGCCGCCUCUGCCCGGACCACGUCCCGGAGGUCUACCACUUCGACCGCGCCAUGUCGCUCAUCGGGAUGCGCUACAUCAAGCCGCCCCACAUCAUCCUCCGCAAGGGCCUCAUCGCCGGCGUCGAGUACCCCCUCCUCGCCGAGCACAUGUCCGACUACAUGGCCAAGACCCUCUUCUUCACCUCCCUCCUCUACAACUCCACCACCGAGCACAAGAAGCAAGUUGCUCGCUACUGCGAGAACGUGGAGAUGUGCAGGCUCACGGAGCAGGUCGUCUUCUCGGACCCAUACAUGGUCUCCAAAUACAAUCGCUGGAACUCGCCAUUCCUCGACAAGGACGCCGAGGCGGUGCGAGAGGAUGAUGGGCUGAAGUUGGAGAUUGCUGAAUUGAAGUCGAUGUUUAUCGAGAGAGCCCAGGCCCUGAUUCAUGGAGAUCUCCAUACUGGUUCCAUCAUGGUGACCCCAGAUUCCACUCAAGUGAUUGAUCCGGAAUUUGCCUUCUACGCGCCGAUGGGUUACGACAUUGGGGCCUUCUUGGGGAACCUGAUUCUGGCGUACUUUGCACAGGAUGGGCAUGCUGAUCAAACGAAUGACCGUAAAGCUUAUAAGCAAUGGAUAUUGAAGACCAUCGAAGAAUCAUGGAAUUUGUUCCAGCAGAAAUUUUUGGGACUCUGGAAUAAACACAAAGAUGGGAAUGGGGAGGCAUACCUGCCUGCCAUAUACAACAACCCGGAGCUUUUGAGCGAUGUACAGAAGAAGUACAUGACAGGUCUACUUCAUGAUAGUCUUGGAUUUGGUUCAGCCAAAAUGAUCAGGAGAAUUGUUGGAAUUGCCCAUGUCGAGGAUUUUGACUCAAUUGAGGAUGCCAGCAAGAGAGCAUCAUGUGAGCGCCGUGCGCUUGAUUGUGCCAAGGCAAUCCUGAAGGGGCGACGCCAAUUUGAGAGCAUCGAGCAGAUAGUGAAUAUGUGGAAAGCAAAAUCAUAUGAUCGAUCAGAGAUUGCAGCGACACUGUAUGAAGUUCUGGAGCUUACUGCUAACAUGGAACACUUCCAACUUCAGUUUACUAAGAGAGAAGCAAAUGAGCUCGCACAUCUUUGCGCAAAGCAGGCUAAUCCAGUUAGACGUAGAUGUUUAUGGAUUAACUAUGUUCCUGUGUUCCUUGUAGCUUGUAUCAGCAAGGACAAUGCUUGUGUUUAA